UAUCGCUCCCUCACUUAUUUUUGGUCCAUCUCAUAAUCUUUGGCCACUAUCUGACCACACAGAGAGGCUUGAGAGUGGAGGAGAGUGCUGUCUCUCUGGUGUUUUUUUUGCUGUUAUUCUUCAAAUCAUGGGAUGGAAACAGAAUUUUUUCGUCUUGUCUCAGGGGUAUCUAUGCAGAUUUGGACUAUGACUGUGGAGCGCUCUCUACACUUUUUCUCCCAUCUCCUCCUUGUAUUACCGAAGGAAUAGUGUGUGUGCGUUUGUGUGUUUGUGUGUGUGUGUGUGUGUGUGCGUUUGUGUGUUUGUGUGUGUGUGUGUGUGUGUGUGUGUGUAUGUCCCUCCAGCAUGAUGUCUGCUUCUGAUAGUCUUGAGACUAGCAGCAGGAGUGGAUCAUCAUGAGAGGGGGUCACCACCAGCGAGGGUGUGGGUGUCAGCACCUGUUCAGAAAACUGCUCAGCAAAUGUGGCUGCUGCUUUGUUCAAGUUAGAGCAGAGUCUUACUCUGUGGCAGGCAGUACCGUCAGUAUCACCCCAUCAGUGGGCCCUGUGCCCCACCAGGCCCCAGGCAGUUCCAGCCCCUGCUCACACUCCUCGUCUGGAGGAUCACGGCACCCUGUCAGUGCCCUCAAGAAAUGGCUCACCAAUCCCGUCCGCAAGCUGAGCUCUGAUGCCAGAGGAGGAGCGGGAAAAGUCGAGAAGCAGAUGUGGAAGUCAGACAGGAGGCAACCGCCAUUGCUCUUUUCCCACAAUGAAACUCAGCCUAGGCCUCUGGAACCGCACAACAACUACGCCAUCCUCUCGUCAGGAGACACGGUGUUGAAAGACAGUCUGUUGAGUCCAGCAACUCCUUCUCCUACACAGCCGCCCUGUCACAGCUACUUAUCUGACCUCCUGCAAGGCACAGACAAACAGAGUCAAAAGUCCAGCAUCCACACUCUCCAAGGGGAAGAUGGCUGCACUGUGACUGAUGACUCAGCCAGCCAGUGGUCUGCUACAGUGGACAGCGAAGAGGAGAGAAACAUUGCCUUAGAAAAGAGCAUAUAUGUGCUGACAGAGCUGAUAGAGACAGAAAGGUUGUAUGUGGAAGAUCUUGGACUCAUAGUGCAGGGCUACAUGGGCACCAUGGCCAAUCAGGUAGUUCCAGAGGACCUAAAAGGGAAGGAUAGGAUUGUGUUUGGAAACAUCCACCAGAUCUACGACUGGCAUAAGAAUUAUUUGCUGGGAGAGCUGGAGAAAUGUGUGGGUGAUCCUGACCGCCUGGCCCAGCUCUUCAUCAAACAUGAACGACGUCUUCACAUGUAUGUGGUUUACUGUCAGAACAAACCAAAAUCAGAACACAUUGUCUCUGAGUACAUCGAGACCUACUUUGAGGAUCUCAGGCAGCAGUUGGGUCACAGGCUGCAGCUCAAUGAUCUGCUUAUCAAACCUGUUCAGAGGAUCAUGAAGUAUCAGCUACUGCUGAAGGACUUCCUGAAGUACUACAGCAAAGCUGGAAGGGAUGUUGAGGAGCUGCAGGGGGCGGUGGAGGUGAUGUGUUUUGUGCCAAAACGCUGUAAUGAUAUGAUGAAUGUGGGCAGGCUCCAAGGUUUUGAGGGGAAAAUAACGGCUCAGGGGAAGUUGCUCCAGCAGGAUACCUUCUCUGUCAGCGAGCAGGAAAGCGGCUUACCGUCCAAAGCGAAGGAGAGGAGGGUCUUUCUGUUUGAGCAGCUGGUCAUCUUCAGUGAGCCAAUUGAUAAGAAAAAGGGCUUCUCUUUGCCAGGGUACACUUUUAAGAACAGCAUCAAGGUCAGCUGUUUGGGCGUGGAGGAGCACUCUGAGAAUGAUCUAUGCUCUCUGGUUCUGACCUCCCGCGGGACUAAUGGCAGUGUGACGCGCUUCAUCAUGCAGGCAUCAUCUCUGGAAAUACAGCAAGCUUGGUUUGAUGACGUGGUCCAGAUUUUGGAGAGUCAGAGGAACUUCCUUAAUGCCCUUCAGUCUCCAAUAGAGUACCAACGCAGGGAAAGCAAAUCAAACAGCCUGGGCAGGAACGUGAAGUCUCCAACUGCGUCAGCAUCUGGCCUGCGACCUCACUCCUCUGCAUCCAUGGACCGACGCCAGAAGCCCUGCCUGCUCUCUUGCAACACCUCCCUGCCCUCUCUGCAUCCACCACACCACAGCCCGGUCUUGAAAGUGCUUUCUAAUCCCUGUGCUGCGACACCUCGAACAGCUCUCCCUCCACUUUCUCCCCCCCACCAGCUCAGUUUGUGCACAGAGGUGAGACACGCCCGCCGGACAGCCAAUGGCCUGCAGCCAGCACAGCAUGCAGGGUGUGACUUCCAGUUUCCAGGAACCCACAUUAAACGUGGGUGCCCAUCGACCAAACAACCUGGAUCACCUGAAGGAGAUCGAGCAGUAAAAUGAACUACGAUGACAAAUAAACUCACUUUACUUUUCUGCAGUAGGAGUGCCUCAACUGAGUCAGCAUGAUCUGUCAGCAUUGUUUGUUUCACUCCUGUACAGAUGUCAUCAAGAGCUCAGUGUCUCCGUUCUUCACAUUUUGCCCUUAAUUUCCCCACAAAUAUCAUUCAAAUACCACCAUGGUUUAGCCUAAUCUGGAUUUGAUCUUGUAUAAUCAUAUUGGUUUGUGUGUGUGUGUGUGUGUGUGUGUGUGUGUGUGUGUGUGUGUGUGUGCGCAUACAUAUUUGCACAUGCACACAUCUACAGAUGGUGAAAUGUGUGAAAAUGCAGUUUUGAAGAACCACAGAGACUGUACUUCAUAUUGUACGUAUAUGUAUACAUUUCUUACUUUUUUCAUUAGAAUUCAUGGAUGAAUAUUUUUGUAGAUCAUAAUAUUUUCAUAAAGGACCAAUUACACUUUAUUUCCCCUGAGAACGCUAAUCUCAAAUCCCUUUAUGCAGUCAUACUCUGUGUUCUCAAAUGUCUGCAUCCUUGAAAUCACUGAGUGAUUGCAGAUUCCAGCUUCACUGUGGAGUCUGAAUCCAUACAAGUUGUGUAUGUCUGUGUGUUCCCUGCAAACACCGUGUGUUCCUUGAGAAAAUAGCUGUUUUCCCUUUGGUGGGCUAUUUUAACCCUUGUUUUACUGUUAUCUGAACCAAACACAUUUGCAAACUCACACAGGGCACACAUCCUAAUCAAGCAGAAAAAGGACAAAGGGAAGACAAAGGUGCUCACCGGUCACUGUCAUAUUGAAUGUAAAUAAUCUCAUAUGUGAUCAUAUCAAUAAAGCUCUUUGACUUAUUGUGUCCUGAUACACACAGAAAGGGAAA